GUUUGGUAGUGAGUUACAAUGUGCUCAUUCUGCUAAACAGUUUAGAGAGAGAAAAAAAUAAUCGUAUAUCUGUUUGUUUUCGUUGUUCCUCCUCUUGAGCUUGUGUCUAUGUAUAAUUGGUAGAGGAAUUGUUCAAAUAAUUCGCAUUCCAUAGGAUACAAUAAUUAUACGGUGUAGGAUUAAUUGUUUUAUAAAUGCGAAGUGUGAAUGUUUCUGCUUCUCUAGUCGUUACUAUGUGAUGGGUUGCACCACAAAUAAUGACCCAAUUGUUUCAAUGGAUAGUUUGCUCCGUAGGUAUAAUUUGACAGUCUUCAAAUAAAUGAACGUAGUAGAUAUGCCCAUUUGCUAAUGAUAAAUAUUGCAUUGUAUAUGUCCAUAAUUUGCCCCCAUUUUUGUUAUUUUUAGAUAAUUAAGAGGGCACAGUAUUCAGGCUGGUCGUGCCAUUCUUUCCCUUACAAAGAAAACAAUUAUAUUUCCUUUUAUCCUGACAUUCGUACGAUAAACUAAGCUAGGUUGGUAACGCUUUCGCUUUAAAUUGAAGUUUUGAGGAUAAAAAUGUCUUAAAUAUAUAUUAAGAUAUACAUUAAUAUAUAAAUAAAAAGCAAGGUGCCCAAUUUGUAAGAAUUUAGCCUUUAACAAAAGCUGCCGAAAACUUUUUGUAUUAAAUAAGCUGUGAAAGGAAACUUAGCACUGUGAAAUUGAUCGGUAGAUGUCCUUGUUUCAGAGAGGAAAAAAAUGGACUGUAUACGUGGUAGGAAUGACUAUUUGGUUUCUGGGUUCAUUAAAUAGGGCAAUUUUCACUAAAUGCACAAGUAAAGACGUAGCUAGAGCCGCGUUUAAAUUGUAAAACGUUCUUCAUGAUAUUUAUUACAACAAACCUAGAAAUAGUGGUCUUGCACAAAGCUGAUGUUUUGAAUAGGUGGAUGACUAUUUGUAAAGUGCGCUGCCUUUUGUUAGAUAAUGUACAGCAUUUACUAAUCGAACCAACGCAAAAUGCUGUGCAAAAACAUUAUUUCCACGUAAAUUGGGCACAAAACGACGUUUAUAUACCAAUCGAAAAGGGGUCCCUGUUUAGGAUGUAAUAUGUAAUAAAGUAAAUUGGAAAAAUUUAAACGCAUCUUCAAUAUACGUGACAUGAGUUUUAAGAACGCGAAAAUUGGCUUGAGAGUUUAAGUGCGGGGUGGCUUCGAAAUUUCCGCAGAUACACGGAGAACUCUAACAUUGUGAGCUAUGCAGACAAAAUAAAAAAUUAAAACGGCGUAACAGAUUAAAAGAAUUAGCAUUUUGAUGCUGUACGAUACCGUUUCUCCCCUGAACUAAUCAGCGAUGGUACCCGAAGCGUACGAAAAUCACAGAACACAUAACUAAAAUUAAAUCUAAUUUUUAAAAUUUCAAAACAAGCCAGUUACAAGAAAACGUCGAGUCCUAUCUGUAACACUAGCAGCUCUAUCUUAAGAAAACCCAACAUCUCUGGUGGGUUAAAUAAAUGUACUGUUGUGCGACGUAGAUUCUUUUUUGAAAGAUGCUCUUCUCAUUGGUUUAUGUGAUUUAUUCUACGAAAUGUAAUGGUUAAGUUUGAAAUGUGUGGUAGCCUUAAUUCGACCCGAGGCCGAUUUUCCCGUUCAUCACAACUACAGUCGCAUAGCCUCUGUCUCCAGAGGGUGGCGCGCAAGGACAACCCAAAGCCAGUGCUGGGAGCCGCCGGCGCGCCCCCGUGCGCGCCACCCUCUUUCUUUCUUCCUCGCAACCUUCCAAUUUGUAGCCACAGUGCACGGAUUUACCUCUAGAGGUCAUCAGCGAGAAUUUACGACUGGACAACAAAAGCACGUGAUUUCAAGUCGUACCCCAUAUUUGGGUGCCUACGUAGGAGGGAACGAAGUACAUGUCCCAGUCAUUUCCAUAAUUCAUCAUAAAUUGUGCAGGGUGCUAGACGCACAAACGACCAAGAGCCACAAAUCAAGUAAAAAAUAAAUAAAUAAAAAAAUCAAAUGAGCUCUUACUUUGUAAACUCAUUCUGCGGUCGCUAUCCAAAUGGCCCGGACUACCAGUUACAUAAUUAUGGAGAUCAUAGCUCGGUGAGCGAGCAAUACAGGGAUUCUGCAACGAUGCAUUCCAGCAGGUACGGCUACGGUUACAAUGGGAUGGAUCUCAGCAUUAGUCGUCCAGCAUCUAACCACUUUAAUGCCAGUGAAAGAUCUCGAAGCUACUCUGCAGCAGCAGCAACAACAGCAGCAGCAGCAGCAGCAGGACCAGAAGCAGGGGCAGACACCAGGUACAACCAACCUGCCACGUCCACUCAGUCUCCUUCACCUGACCCUCUGCCCUGCUCCGCCGUGGUCAGUCCGCCUGCCAGUGACAACCACCCCGGAAUCAAAAACUCCAUAGCAAGCCCAACUACCUCCUCAAAUUCCAGCAGCAGCAGCAGUCAAAUCAGUAGAGAUGGGGUUGGCACGUCGCCUGGUACUGAGGAUGACACCCCGGCAAGCAGCGACCCUCCAAGUUCACAGAACGGGCAAGGCACAGCACAGCAGCAGCCUCAAAUUUACCCCUGGAUGCGAAAACUGCACAUAAGUCACGACAGUAUGGGAGGACCAGAAGGUAAAAGAGCCAGAACGGCUUAUACCCGAUACCAAACGCUGGAGCUGGAGAAAGAAUUCCACUUCAAUAGAUAUCUGACCCGGAGACGACGGAUAGAAAUUGCACAUGCCCUUUGCCUAACCGAGAGACAGAUUAAGAUCUGGUUCCAAAACAGGAGGAUGAAAUGGAAAAAAGAUAACAAGCUAAAAAGCAUGAGCAUGGCCGCUGCAGGAGGCGGAUAUCGCCCUUGA